AUGUCUACCGACCCUGCCGCACCGACCGACGAGCCGUCCUCGCGCCUCUCGAACCAACUCUCCCGUUCGCCUGAUGAGGAUGCUGGAAAGGCGACACCAGCCGAGAACGGCUCGCGAGGACUCGUCAUGACCGCUCCGAGAUCGCUCAGCGCUCAGCUCCCUUCCGACCGGAAUCCUCCAGCACAUCUUCACCCAACUGCACCAGAGCCUCAAGGAGUCGCGUUCUCGGACCACUAG